UUUUUCCCAUACCACUUCCUCGGUGCUUGCGCGGUGUGUCAAUCGUGUCGGUGUGACCGAAGUUCCCUCCCGUGGACAGGCUGCCGUUACACAGCCACCAUGUUGUCCCAUUCCCGGUGUCUCACCAGGAAUUUUGGCCGCUCCCUCUCUGCCAUCCGCCAGGGGAAUAAUGUGUUAGCUCGUCGGGCCACGACAGCUCUGUCAGCUAGUCCUUCUGUCACUUUGAACAACACUGUAAAAUCUGAUCCCCGGUCCAGCAUCUUCCAAAUCCAGUACUUCAGGACGUCUGUAGCCUACAGAGAUGAAGUCGUCACAGUCAAUACCCCUGCAUUUGCAGAGUCUGUCACAGAAGGGGAUGUAAGGUGGGAGAAAGCUGUUGGGGACUCCGUCUCGGAGGAUGAGGUGGUGUGUGAAAUAGAGACAGAUAAGACCUCAGUGCAGGUUCCCUCUCCUGCUUCUGGUGUUAUCGAGGAGCUUUUGAUCCCUGAUGGAGGCAAAGUUGAGGGAGGAACUCCUCUUUUCAAGCUUAGGAAAGGAGCUGUGGCUCCCAAAGCUGCGGCAGCACCAAUAGCCGAAGCCCCUGCAGCCCCGUCGCCACCACCUUCUGCUGCCCCUCCUCCCCCCUCAGCUGUGGGCCCCAUUCCCACCACUAUGCCCCCUGUGCCACCUGUGCCAGCACAUGCUAUGGACACCAAACCAGUUUCAGCCAUCAAGCCCACAGCUGCUCCCGUGGCACCAGUGGCCCAAGCAGAGGGAGGAGCUAAAGGUGCCAGGACAGAGAGCAGGGUUAAGAUGAACCGCAUGAGACUAAGAAUUGCCCAGAGGCUGAAGGAAGCCCAAAACACCUGUGCGAUGUUGACAACAUUUAAUGAGGUCGACAUGAGCAACAUCUCAGAGAUGAGGAAGUCUUACAAAGAUGCCUUCCUGAAAAAACACAACAUCAAGUUGGGCUUCAUGUCUGCGUUUGUGAAGGCCGCUGCCUUCGCUCUGUCCGAUCAGCCCGCCGUCAACGCUGUCAUUGAUGACACAACCAAAGAGAUAGUGUACAGGGACUACGUUGACAUCAGUGUGGCUGUGGCAACGCCAAAGGGUCUGGUGGUUCCUGUAAUCCGAAACGUGGAGGGAAUGAAUUUUGCAGACAUUGAGAAAACCAUCAAUAUGUUGGGAGAAAAGGCUCGUAAGAACGAGCUGGCUGUUGAGGACAUGGACGGAGGAACCUUCACCAUAAGCAACGGCGGCGUGUUUGGGUCCAUGUUUGGCACGCCCAUCAUCAACCCACCGCAGUCUGCUAUUUUAGGCAUGCAUGGCAUCUUUGACAGGCCUGUUGCAAUCGGUGGCAAGGUGGAGAUCCGUCCCAUGAUGUACGUCGCCCUGACGUACGACCACCGUCUCAUCGACGGCAGAGAGGCCGUCCUUUUCCUGCGUAAGAUCAAGUCGGUGGUGGAGGAUCCCAGGGUGCUGCUCCUCGACGUGUGAGCCCCCACCCCCCCGGUGAACUCCAGGCCCCCACCAAACAAACCCAAUCCACACCGGCACCAGUGGCUCUACUCACUCGACGAACAUUAACCGUAACUGUAGAUGAUAUGUUGUUGUUGUUAAAUAGAAGAAGAGAAAAAAACAGUUGGGGUGUGCAAUGGACAUUUUGUCAGACUGAUUAAAGUGUUGGUGCUGUUUGUGGAGGAAUUUCAGGGUCUGGGGCUUCAAGAUCAAAAAAAAAGAAAAGAGGAUAUUAUAUAACUUAUGUGCACCAUAUGUCAUUUUCUACAUACAACUACUAUGAAUGGCAAAUAGAGUUCACAGUGCCCGUCAUUGUAUGAUUUGGCUGAGAGGAGAACAAUGAGCACAUACUGGGGGGGAAACACUUCUUAAAUGUCUGAGGUGAUCAAAUUUGUCGAGAGGAAAAUUUAAUGCUGUACAAGAAAAGACUAUUUAAGAGAAACAGAGUUUUAAACAAUAAAAACUGCAUUACUCAA